UUCGUUGCUACGGACGCCGCUCUUGUCGCCACAGGAAAACAGAAGCUACUUCCGGGUCAAGAAGGGAAACGGUAUCCACGUGAAUUACUUUGUGAAGUGUACAAAACACGCCAGAGGUCUGUUGCUGUGGAGAGGCAAUUGGAAAAAGUGAAGAUGAAGAUGGUUAAAGACAAUAGUGAGGAGAAUCAUAGAAAGAAGGAGAAAAAACACAAGAAGAACAAGAGUCUUUAUUCAGUGAGCCAAAACGGCAUUAUUGAUGACAGUAGCCCGGUAAGGGUGAAAAAAGAGAAGAAAACUAAUAAGGUCGACCUUAAAGUUGUAGAAGAAGAGUCCUGGGAUGAAAGGCAUGAGAAGGAAGAGAAGAAAAAAAAGAAGAGGAAAAUUGUCUCUGAUUCUUUGAAUGAUGCCAGUGGUUCCAAUGGAGAUGAUGAGAGAGUCACUAAGAAGAAGAAGAAGAAGAAGAAAGAGGAGCUGGUGGCUGACAAUGACAAUCAAGUCGAAGCUGCACAAAGUUUAGUAACAGAAGAAGUGGAAAAGAAAGACAAGAAGAAGAAAGUAAAGACUAAGUCUGUACAAAUGAGUCCAGAAAACAAACAGAUAGAAGAGGAGGAAGAACAAAAAGUUGGGAAAGACAACAUGCCAAAGAAAACCAAGAAAGGAAAUAAAAAUGUUUUAGCUGUAAGCACAGAAGAGAUUAUAGAAGUACCAAAAGAAAAGAAAAAGAGGAAAAAGGAAAAGCAGGAAAUUAUGGAUGGAAUAAUCACAACAAAAACAAAACAGAAAGCUGGGUCGGCUGGAAAUGGAGUGCAGUUAGAAGCACUAGAUGCUGAGGUUGAUGAGAAAAACAUGAAAAAGAAGACAAAGAAAGCAGCCAAAAUGAAAGAAGGUGGAGUAGAAACACCUGAGAUCAAAGUUAGCAAAAAAAGAAGCAAAGCAUCAUCAGAUGGGGAGGUGGAAGAUGACAAAACGGGGCACAAGAAGAAAGAAAAAUCCACCAGCAUAGAGGAAGGGACAACAGAGUUACAGAAAAACAGAAAAAAAGAAAAGUGUAGAAAAGGGUCUGCUGAGAUUGUUGAGGUGGAGGAGGAGGAGCCAAAGAAGAAAAAAAAGAAAAAGGCAAAGAGAGAGGAGGGAGAACCACAAUUAAUUAUGCACGAAGAAGUUGAUAGUGUUGUGACCGUGGCAGCAGACAAACCAAGCAAAAAAAGAAAAAAGGAAAAGAGCUCUGCUCAGGUAGAAGAUGUGGGUGAUGUUGGAGAGGAAGCUGGUGCAAAAAAGAAGAAGAAAAAGGUCAAAGAAGAGCAGGAUGGCCCUCAGGAGUGUCCCCAAGUAGACGUGGUUUUCCUGUCGGAGAAGAAGGGAAACACUGAUGAGAUGACCAUCAACCAGGAAAGAAGGCAGGCUUUACAGAUGGAGGUUGACAAAGCCUCUCAGCCUCGACAACCUGAAAAACCUACGGGUUUCGGCCAGUGGACCACUGCCCAGUUUGACAGCUCCCAACAGCAGCAGAAGUUCCUCCGGUUGAUGGGCGGCUUCAAAAAGGGUUUCCAGCCGGCCGGGGGAAGCACUGGAGGUGGAAACAUGGCACUGGGAAAGGACGCACAGCAGCAGCUGCAGCAAGGACUUCUGGGAGAGUUUGAGCGAGCCCAGUCCCGAAGAAUUGACUUCAGUAACAGGGGGGCAGGACUCGGGUUCACGGCACCAUCCAAUAAGAAGUUCUCCAUUGACAUCUCUGCGUGUCGGUCCGUUCGCUUCGAUGAUUGAUUGGUGGGGUUGGUGUCGAGUAUGAAAUUUGUAUGUAGUGUUUUUUCCCGUUAAUAUCCGUCGUCCCAGCUCUGCAUUCAUCUUAUUGAUGUAGUAGUGUAAAUAAAUGCUUCUUAGUGAAUAAAAAGAAGUUCCAGUUGUAAA